CUGAUAUAUAAUCACAGAGGUUAGAAAUUGCUACUGUAGUAAUUAGGAAUUGUGCAUUACCUUCACCUUUGUGGCUUUAUCGCUCGGCGGCUCGUGGCGGCAGUGAAGGACGGAAAGUUGCCACCACCAGAAGCAUGUGGCCGUUUUACCCGGCAUGCUCUCAAUCGUUCCAUCCCCUGUGCGCGCCUUGCGCUGCUCCCGCGAACAGAGAUUCCCUAUUUCCAGCAGUUUCACCUUCAUUUUCUACUCUCAAAUUCCCACCAGUUUCUCCAAGUUUCCGGGGAAACAAGAACUGGGUUUCUCGAGGAAACAAAGUUCAUGCAAAAAAUUCUGCUGAUCCUGAGGCAAAUAGCAACCGAUUUUCUCAGGAAAAUGUUGCUGUUUCCAGUAGUGGCGCCAGCCCAUCAGCCAGUUUCUUGUCUAUUCUUUGCCCUUUGCUCAAGCUCUUCUCUGGUGGAGACCCCCUUCAACGGAAUUAUAAUUUGGAGGUUGUGACAUCUUCCUUUUCUACCUUGUCAAGACUUCCCUGGGGAUCAAGACGAUUAACAAGUGUUCACAGCCAAGAGAAUACCACAUUAGAUCCUCCACUGCGUUUGCAACUGUUUGAAUUUGAGGCAUGCCCCUUUUGCAGGAGGGUUCGAGAGGCUAUGACUGAGCUUGAUCUUUCUGCAGAGGUUUAUCCAUGCCCAAAAGGUUCUAGAAGGCAUAGGGAGAUGGUUAAAAGAUUCGGCGGCAAAGAGCAGUUUCCAUUCCUUGUUGACCCAAAUACAGGCAUCUCAAUAUAUGAAAGCAGUGAGAUUGUGAAAUACCUAUUUCAGCAAUAUGGCAAAGGAAGAAGCCCCUCAAUUGGCCUUUUGGAAAGCACCCUUUUCACAGGAUGGAUACCAACAAUUCUUCGAGCUGGUAGAGGAAUGACAUUAUGGGAGAAAGCCAGAUCAGACCCGCCACCUGAAAAGUUGGAACUUUUCUCAUAUGAAAAUAAUCCUUAUGCACGGAUGGUGCGUGAAGCCCUCUGUGAAUUGGAGCUUCCUUACAUACUUCAAAACAUGGGGGAAGGAUCUUGGCGAACAAAGUUACUUCUUGAGGCAUCUGGAUCCAAAGAGGUGCCGUUCAUUAUUGAUCCCAACACUGAUACCCAACUUGGUGACUGCAAGACCAUUUUAUCUUAUUUGUUUGGUACAUACUCAGCUGCCACUUUAUAGUUUCAACAUGUCUUCAAAAACUCCUGCAGUUGAGAUCUAAUACCAGUUCAGAUAUUUUGAACGCUGUGUAUAUGCUGUGUGUGCGCGUUUCUGAAUAUCGAGGAGCAGGGCAUAGACAUGUAAACUUGUCCCAGAGCUCUAGAUUUGAAUUUGUGUGGAUUUAGACAAAAUUCAGUACGAUUUUGUAUCAUAUUUCUUUUAAAUUUACGAAAUCCAAAGCUAAUGUCUCUCCCAAACAUAGGGUCUGUGUCCAAAGUUAUCCCUAAUUGCCUAAACAUGUGUUUGGGAGCUUUGAAUUUGGCUGUUGAUUCGGAUUUGUGUGAACAAAAUGCAAUAUAAAAAUGUAUUGAAUUUUGUCAAAA